AUGGCGACACGGCUGUUGGCCCUGGCGACCGUCUUCCUUGGGGCACAGGCCACCAAAAAGUCUCUGCGGCCAGAAGAAGAGGCCUUCCUGGAACUUGACAAGGACCACUCCGGAAAGGUGGAAUAUGCCGAAUUGGAAGCCUUUGGCAAGAGCAAGGCUGGGGUCGAGUCAGGAGCCAUGCUGACCUUCGUAUUGGAUCACGAGUUUGGAGUGUUUGGAUCUUUGUUCAUGAACUGA